AUGGCUACUGUCAGGUCCCUCAUUGCAAUAGCAGCAAAGAAGAAAUGGCACAUUUCACAACUGGAUGUGAAUAAUGCAUUUCUCCAUGGAGAUUUGCAUGAGGAAGUGUACAUGCAAGCUCCUCCAGGUCUUGAGACACAGGCUCCAGAUUUAGUUUGCAAGCUCAACAAGUCCCUUUAUGGACUGAAGAAAGCAAGCAGACAGUGGUAUGAUAAACUGACUGAAGUUUUGUAUUCAAGAGGUUAUGCACACUCCAUGCAUGACUAUUCCUUGUUCCAUAGAAAGCAGGGUUCUUCUAUUGUUUUUGUAGCAGUGUAUGUAGAUGAUGUGUUGCUUACAGGGAUUGAUUCUGAAGAAAUCAGUCAACUCACGGUGUUUCUACAUGACAGAUUCAGAAUUAAAGACUUAGGUCAGCUGCAUUAUUUUUUGGGGUUAGAGGUUCUUUACAAAUCAGAUGGCAUCAUUGUUUCCCAAAGAAAAUUUGUCCUAGAUUUAUUGAGAGAGUAUGACUGCCUUCACUCUCCAGCCUUGGCUUCUCCUCUAGAUCCCACAGUAAAAUUGAAAGCAAAAGAAGGGACUCCAUUGCUUGACCCUACCUCCUACAGGAAACUGAUUGGAAAGUUAAAUUUUCUCACAAAUACCAGAUUGGAUAUAGCAUAUGGAGUUCAACACCUAAGUCAGUUUAUGCAAGAUCCUAGGGAACCCCAUUUGCAAGCAGCCCAUCGUAUGUUGAGAUACUUGAAAAAGGACCCUACUUUGGGACUAUACUUCAGCAAUACAGAUGAUCUUUCAUUAAAAGCCUAUUGUGACUCUGACUGGGCAGCUUGCCCUGACUCAAGAAAAUCAGUGUCUGGCUAUGUUGUGUUCCUAGGUGGCAGCCCUAUUAGCUGGAAAUCCAAGAAACAAGAAACCAUAUCUCUUUCUUCAGCAGAGGCAGAAUACAGAGCUCUUAGAAAGGUCGUUGGUGAACUCGUUUGGCUCUCAAGAUUACUUGAAGAACUCACUGUACCAAUUAAUUUGCCUAUACCUGUUCAUUGCGAUAGCCUUUCUUCUCUACACAUUGCCAGGAACCCUGUGUUCCACGAGCGGACUAAGCACAUCGAAGUAGAUUGUCACUUCGUACGUACUAAACUCCAGGAUGGCCUUAUUUCUCUGCAUCAUAUUGGUACUAGACAGCAAUUAGCUGAUGUACUCACGAAAUCUCUCACUGGAAUUAAACAUUGUUCUGUACUUGGCAAGUUGGGUGUGGUGUAUGCUGGGUCAGCAUUAGUUGAUUAG